AUGAAAAGUAUAGUCUCUACCGAGCCCAGCGUUAAUACUUGUGAAGAUUCAAAAAGUAGCGAGUCAUCCUCCGCAAAGAUUAGUGCCGAACAGGAAUUUUGUCUUUAUGAAUUGGAAACAUUAUCUGACUCUUCCAGCAUAGGAUUAGUCUUGCGUGCAAUCUAUGAUACUGGAAGUGUUCAUAAAUUUACUCGAGCAUUGGAUAAGCGUAUAACACAUUAUGACAAAAGCAUUUUACGUGUAUGUACCCACCAUUAUCAAGGAUUUUUGGAUUCAUUGAAACAACUUCGUGGUUUAAAAGAAAAAUGUGCUGAAAUUAGAAAAAAUGCAGAAGAAACUAAUCAGCUGGUUCAAGAAGAAAGCCGAGCAUUGUUAAAGCGUAGUUCGGAGAUUGUUCGCUAUAGAAAAUUGCAAAGAAAUGCAAACAAUGCUAUUCAACAAAUUUCUAUGUGUUUGCCAAUGUUGGAGAAUUAUGCCCAAUUGGAGAAAUUAAUGGAACAGAAAAAAUACCUGCAAGCUCUCAAAGUUUUGGAAGAUCUCGAACAUAAUUACCUCAAUCAAUUGCAUAAAUACCGUUUUGCCCAUCAGUUUGCUAAAUCUACUGGCCCAAUCCGUGAUCAAAUACGCGAGCGUUCAUAUUCUGAAUUAACUGAUUUUCUCGAGAAUUUAAUGAAGUCAUCUGAACGAAUUGGUGCUGAUGCUUCUAAACACGUAGACGAAUUUUAUACAAAACAGCAAUUAUGCACUAUUAGCUCUAAACGUUCACAGGCUUGUAGUGUGGACCCUACACUGUCCAGAAAACAACAAUCUUUAGACAUUAAACUUUCUGCAGAUGGUUCUGUGAUUAAAACAAAUAUAUCGACUUCAAAUUCAUCUCAAAAUUUACAGCAACAAUUAAUUAAUUCAAAUGAAAAACAUCAACCUAUUAAUUGCCGAUUUGAUGCAUAUGAUAAAUUGGAUUUUGGACCAGUUCAUCGUUGCUGUCAAAUAUUUAAUGUUUUGGGUGAUCGUGAGAAAUUUGAAGUUUAUUACCGCAAGCAGCGUUUUGAUCAAAUUCAACUUAUUUUGGAACGGCAUACUUAUUUGAGUAAAGAAAAUUUAAAUUCAAUUAAUUCAUUUAUUCCUUAUCUUAAUACAAUAAUUGGUUUCUUUAUAAUCGAGGAUCGUAUUGCACAAAUGCAGUCAACGUUGGUUACUGAAUCACAUAAAGAGGAGCUUUGGGAAUUAACUUUAUGUCGUAUUACUGAAACAAUUACUUCUCAUUUUGGAAAUUGCACAAAUGUUGAUCUAAUUUUUGAAAUGAAAAAAUUAAUUCUUUUACUUUCUUUAACUAUAAAGAGUUACGGAUAUAAUCCUAAUCCUUUUUACAAUCUUCUACAAAAUUUCAGAGAUAAAUAUAGUGAAAUAUUAAUAGAAAAAUAUGCUAGUAAAUUUAAAGAAACACUUGAAAGUGACGAUUGCACUCCAAUAGAGACUAAAAAUGAGGAAGAAUAUCGACAAGUUAUCUCUGAAUUUCCUAUUUAUCGAAGGGGAAUAGAUCACGCUUUUCCAAGAAAAUUUCCAUUUUCUCGUUUUGUCCCACAAGUUUAUUCUUUGCAAGCAAAAGCAUUUAUUACCGAUUGUGUUCGUUUUAUGGAAGAUUUACAACUUUCGCAAUCUGAAGUUGGUGAUACAGUUAGGCGUUAUUGUAAUGUUCUUUUUGCAAGAUGGUCGGAUGAAUUGAAAAUAUUUAUAGGUUGUCAGAAACGUUCUUUAGUUCAACUUAUUCAAAUAACAAUCAAUAUGGGUUAUUUGGAACGUUCUUGUGAAUUUUUGGAACGGAUAAUUUCUGAAGCAGCACGUAAUUUAAGCGAAACUGAUAUUAGCAAUUUCUCCGGUGGAAGUGGAAAUCUUUCGGCACUCGCUUUUGAUGAUACGGCUGGACAUUUUGUAGCACUUAAAAAUCAAUUGUUCCGUGACUCACGUUCUGAAGUUGAACAAUUAAUUGAUGAAGCUUUUCGUGAAAAAGUCCAAGCAUUUCUUGAUAAUUUAAAUUAUGAUUGGGAAUUACAACAUCCAACUGGUGUAGCUAGCGACAAUAUUUCAGAUAUGAUUACAUUUCUCACCUCAACAUUUAUCAAUUUCACCAAUUUGCCAAAUGUUCUAGCUCGGCAUAUUUGCAUGCAGGCUUGUAAAUUCCUGGCUGAACGUCUUCAUUCUAUGCUUUUGUCGCCUAAACACAAAGCCAUUAGUAUGGGUGCUCUUGAGCAGUUUUCUUUAGAUGUCAUGCAGUGUGAAUUGUUCGCCGCCCAGUGUCCGGUGCCUGGAUUUGAAGACAAUGCUCUUGCUAUUACAUUUGCACAUUUGCGUCAAUUACUGGAUUUAGUAAUGGGACCAGACUGGACAACAUUUUUUAGUGAAAGAGAUGCGUCUCAACAACAAAGAACUGAAAAUAGUUUGGCACCAAAAUAUACUCGAGUUAAGGCUUCAAAUGCUGCUAUUCUUCUUGAAAAGUUUCACAAUUUAAUUAUCUUUUCUUUAUUUUAUUUAAAUUUAGGAUAG